UGGGGGUAUUGCGGGAGGAGAAAGACUACAGCUCCCAGCAGCCACCGCACAGGAAACGGGAGAGGCGCGUGGCCCGAACCGAGCAUUGUAGAGCACUUCAGUGGGUGAUAAGAAACAGUUUCAUGACAUGCCGCCACGUUGCGGAAGCCAAGUGUUGGGAGUGUGCUUCUAGGGGUGUCUCCUGGCUUCUCAAGAAAAGACUCAGCCAGGCAGAGCUCCGAUGAACUCCUCAGAGGCUCCCGUGAGCUUUUUUGAGGGCAAUGGCUUGGCUGAGCAGUUUCUUCGCAUAGAGCGAGAGCAGACACUCCGCCUGAAGGAGCUCAGCUUCCUCGAGCCCGUUGAGUACGUUUACAACCCCUUGGAAUACGCCUGGGAACCCCACGAAGACUACGUGCGUCGAUACUGUCAGUUCCGCAAGGAGGUGCUGUUUCUUGGUAUGAACCCAGGGCCUUUUGGAAUGGCCCAGACUGGGGUGCCCUUUGGAGAGGUGCAGCUGGUCCGAGACUGGCUCCAGGUCCGUGGGCAGGUGUCCAAGCCACCAAGGGAGCACCCCAAGAGACCUAUCCGGGGCCUGGAAUGCCCCCAGACGGAGGUGAGCGGCGCCCGCUUCUGGGGCUUCUUCCGCUCCUUGUGUGCCAGGCCCGAGGUGUUCUUCCGCCACUGUUUUGUUCACAACCACUGCCCGCUUCUCUUUCUUAGUCACAGCGGACGCAACUUGACUCCGGCCGACCUGCCGGCCGCCAAGCGGGAACAGCUCCUGCAGGUCUGUGACGACGCUCUGUGCGAAGCUGUCAAGCUCUUGGGUGUCAACAUGGUGAUCGGCGUGGGGCGCUUUGCUGAGCAGCGCGCCCGCAAGGCCCUGUCGGCUGCUGGGAUCCCAGUGCGAGUCGAGGGGGUGAUGCACCCAUCGCCUCGCAACCCCCAGGCCAACAAGGGCUGGGAUGCCAUCAUCCGAGCAAAACUGGAGGAACUUGGUGUGCUGGCUCUCCUUGUGGAAUGAUUGCUUGCGGAACCUCAGUUGCCCUUGGGUGACUUGGCCUCACAUGCCAAUCACACUGGAUGUGCCAAUGACUCUGGACUCAUUUUUCAUAGACCAGCCCAGGCUUGGGCUACGAAAGCUACUGUUCUAUCAUUGGGUUGACACUACCAUUUUUUAACACUACUCUUUUUUUGU